AUGACCUUUGUCCUGUCCUUCUUGACCACCUAUAUUUCAUCCUGGGAUGACGACAAGAAGGAUGCCGACGACGGCGGCGACUUCCUGGACAAGACCGGCGACAACCCCAUUGGCAUUCUGAUAGUGGUCAUCCUCAUCCAGUUUCUCCGGGCAAAGGCCGACUUGGCAGCCCAGGCCGUGGCUGCGGUCGCCUCUCCUGCGACCGCCGACGACGAUGUCGACAGCUUGAAGAUCCGGCCAUCCACAGAGAGCUUCAUCAACACCUUCUGGGUGGCGGGUCUUGUAAUCUACUACAUCUUCCGCAACGAUAACAAUGGAGAAUUGCAAAUUGCGACGAUUCUCUUCUUGCCUCUGUGGGCAGUUGGUGCUUGCAGGACGGUGCUCAGGUUCGCUGCCUUCCAGAAGACGACGGGCUCCUUUGCGUUCGGCCGCAACGCGCAGCUUAUCGAUGGCUACAUGAUUCAGCUCCUGCAAGGUGGCAGCUGCUUCGAGACGGCAGUACCCCGUCUCAUUGUGACGGGCGAAAGGAAGCAGGAGGUGGAAGAAAGCCCGGUAGGGUACCGUAUCAAGCUCUCGGCUCUGCAGGAUCAGCAAAGCAGGCUGGUCACACUGGACCAGGUCUGGUCUGAGAGCGGCAAUGGCAACAACCAUCUCCUACCAAAGCACAAGGAUCUCUGCAUCUCCUUCUCUCUGUUCAAGUGCCUGCGAAGGCGGUUCGCAGGCUACCGGCUCACCGCCGAGGCCGGCUCUAGCUGGGCGUUCCGGUUUUUCCACGAUGGUCUUCUCGGCCAGGACCCGGAACACCAUCACCAGAGGAUCUUUCAGGUGAUCGGCGAAGAGCUCUCCUUCGCCAGCGACUUCUUCUUCUCUCCUCUCCCUUUGGCCUCCUUGGGCACCACGGCUGCGGCUUUCCACUUCUUCUUCUCCUUGCUCAUUCUGCCCAUGCUUUCCUUCCUAGCAUUGGCCCUUGUCAUCGUUGCCAUUUCCUCUAGUGAGACCCCCAUAUACUGGCUUGCCCUUAUUCUUGCUGUUUUCAAUGUGGUCACCGAGAUUUGGGAGAUGGUCACUAGCGUGCUCUCCAACUGGACCAAGAUCAGCAUAAUUGCCCACUACAUCAGGUGCAAGAACCAUUGCGCCCGCAGAUUCUUGCUCUGUCUGCUGAAAUGCAGACAUCCACGGUUCUGGAAGGAUAGGAUCCAGCAGACCGAGCUGCUAACGCCGAUGCUCUUCGGCGCGCGUCCAUGGGCUCGCCUCUUCAAACGGCUCUACCUCCGGUAUAGGCCCAGGACAAAGAUCGACGACGCUGUGAAGGAGGCCAUCUUCAGAGCAUUCAGGGCCAGCGGCGGGCAGCUGAGGGAGGGAACGGCCGCGGUGAGGCGACGCUACGGCUGCCAAGCGUUCCACCAUGGCAAUGACAUAACCUGGGCAUGCCGUGACGGCGGUGGCGACUUGGCCUUGGCCACCACCACCGAUGCCAUCCUUGUGUGGCACAUCGCCACAAGAAUCUUCUCUCUCAAAUUUUCCUCGCCUGCCGGUCCUUCCUCUUCUUCUUCCUCGACGCAACCGGCGGACAAGGUCGUUGCCUGUAACUUGUCGUGCUACUGCAUGUACCUGGUGGCCGCGGCGCCGGACAACUCUGCGUGGAUCAAACGCCGCUACAAGGCUGUGAAGAACGACGUCGAGAAGGUGUUGAAGCGCAGUGGCGUUGUGCCUGAACCAGACAUGUAUGGAUACCUGGUCGAUUCCUUCGGCAGCGAGCACUCCCAGUGCCAUGAUGUGCUCAAGAAAGGCUCAAGGCUCGGAAAGCAGCUGGUGGAGGAGGCUGAAACAAGCAGGCCGGCAGGAGAGAUAUGGGAGCUGCUGUCGGAGUUGUGGUCGGAGAUGGUGCUCUACCUCGCACCGUCCGACAACGUCAGGGGCCACAUCGAGGGCCUGCAGCACGGCGGCGAGCUCAUCACGCUGCUGUGGCGCUGCUGCUGCACGCCACCAGCAGGCCACCCGAGUUCAAUGCCACGGCAUGCGUGCUUGUGUCGACAGGAGAUCAAGACUUACAGAGUAACACUUAGUCUGUGCAAAUAUGCUAAAACCUCGAUAAGUAAUCAAUCCUUGGUUUUGCGUCAGCUCAGUUACUUUAAUUUGCCGGUGUGCUGUUAUCAUAGCGACGAGGGAGAUCAGAUCUGA